AUGGCCGGUUCCAAUGCGGCUGGCAAUGCGCCGGUCUACCCUGCCGGCACUGUUGCCAAAGUGUCGACCGAUAUCCUCAACGAAACCUUCCAUAACAUUAUCCAUGACCUCGUCGCCAAAGUCCAUCGAGAAGAGAAAGUGGCACGGAUGCGCUCUGCGGUAGUCCUUGCGAGACAGAAAGCUGAAGAUGGGGCAACUGUCCCAGAUGAAUCGCCAAGCAAGUCUUUGGCAGAUGUAAAGACAAGGGAAAUGAUUGUUGAUCCAACAAAACUGGCCAAUACACAUCUUGAAACCGACGCAGCCAUUUUCGACCACGGACAAGUUCUCCUGAAAGGCAACCCAUUACAAACAGUCAAAGAAAUAAUCUGUCCCGAAUGCCGAAUGCCACGUCUCUCAUAUCCACCCGUCGGCGCUGGUUUCCGACCUCCCCCAGAUUCCAAUCGCGAGUACUGUCUAAAUGGCCCGCUGAUCACACUACCCGGCCAUGACGUCCAUGGCAAACUAUUUGCAAUCAUGCCGAACCCCAAGAAACGAAAGACAGAGAAGGACAGCAACAUACCUGAGGUUCCUACUAGCAAGUGUCCUGUUUGUCCAAGGUACUUUGUCAUGAACCGCGUGGCUCAACAUUUGGACCGCUGCAUGAACAUCUCCGGUCGUGGAAGUAGUACCCGAAAUAAGACACCGACAGACAGUGGCGCAAGUGGUGGAAACAGUCCAACCUCAUCUGCUCCAAAACGUCAACACACCGAUGAGGACGAGGGCAGCCCCAGUCCUACAAAGAAGAAGAAGCUUAACCAGAAGAAAGCGUCCAACAAUAAGCCAGGGCCCAGUAAGCUGAAGAACUCGUUCACGGUGGAGGACAACGACGAUGAUAUUAAGAGUGAGAAUGCCGAUGCGUGA